AUGACCUCGAAUUCAUCCCUCACCGGAUCAGGCCAUGCCUAUUCUUCAGACAUGGAUGAAUCAAGAUUCCUGAAACGCAAUCGUGUCAUUCACUUCAUACGUCUUGGCCUAUCGUUCUUGACCUUCGGCGUGGCCAUUGCUGUCGUCACAUGCGAGACCCCACCCUUGCAGCAUUACAAGAGUACCUCCCAGUGGGCGAGUGCCGGGCUCGCCCUGUGGCCAUUGAACUUUGAUCUCCGUCCGACAAUCGCAGCUAUUGCCUGCGGCUGUAUAGUCGCUGUCUUGAACCUGGUUUACAUUGCCGCUGCACUCCUGCCAUAUCCAUAUCCCCGUAUCAAGCCAUUGAACAUUUACUCCUCAGCCUCGGCCGUCGCAGGCUUUGUCACGACACUGGUCGGUAUCCUAUUUAUAAUAUACCUCCCCUCCUCGGGGUAUCCCGCUGGGUUUAGCAAGAAUGAGACCCUACACAGCUGGACGUGCAAGUGGCAAACUGGAACGAGCGGCUCUAAGACACCUAGUCACUUUUCUCGUGACUGUGUCAAUACUCGCGCUGGCUUCGUGAUGCUAUGUGUACUACUUGGAAUGGAGGUUUCAUUGGGACUUGCUGCUGCUGCUGGAACAUGGGUUCAACGGGAUGUGUCUCGUCGUCGGGAUGCGCAGGCCCAACUGGAGAAGUUGGAGAUUGCUACCAAGCAGGUGUCCCGGACCUGA